GUUGGAGCAGCAGAGUCUCACACCGCCAACCUCCCUCCCUCUCUCACAUACAGACACACACCGACAGACACUCACUCACCGGGGCCACGACUGGCCGGCCAGGUGCAUCCUGUGUGCAGCACAGUACCCCUCCAGCGCCUGACACUUACACAGAGUGCCGUACACACAUUACAUGUCUCAAACACACACUUUUAAAAAUAUAUUUAUCUGUUGCUGGCGCAUGUGCAUUUGUAGCUGCAAAACACAUAUAAAAGCAUAAAAAAAGGAGAAUGUGAAGAGAAAAUGGUUUAAAAAAAAAAGAGGAGUUGGGGAGGAAGGAAAAUGCCCAGGAGAAAGCAGGAGCAGCCGAAGCGCCUGCCUUAUUCGCAUGGAAAUGAAGAUGAAGCAGGAGGAGAACUGGGCGAAGAGGAGAAUUGGUUUGGCAAUGCCUCUGAAACACCUUCUGAAAUCUCCUAUUUAGAUGUGCAAGAAGACCUUAAUGUGUCUCCUGGAAAUAAACUGCAAGAAGAGGCAACCUCUCCAGAAAGUUCCUUGGGGAGCACAACUCCCUUAAGGAACUCCUCGGAGCUGCUGAUUUCUGAAAAUGAACAGUUCAAAGACACUUUGGAAAAACAAGAUGUAUUGUCACCUGUUCCAUCACCGCUGUUGCAUGAAAUGGGAUCCCAUAUGUUACAUAAACCUAUGAGUAGCAAUUUAAGACGUCUGUUGGAGGCUGGGUCAAUCAAUUCCAAGCCUGAUUUGGUAACUACAGAGAAAGAUGAUUCUGCAGUUGCUGUUGGUUCAGCUUUGCCUUUGUCACCGUCUUCCACUCACGCACUGCAACUAAGUGCUCUUGCUAGGAAGUUAGCUGCUAAGCAGGAGCAAAGUAAUAACUUUAGUCCAAGUAACAACUUUAUGUGGAAUCAGGAUAUUUGGUUGCAAAAUUCAUCAUCUUGUAGCUUAUCACCUGCUUCAGCUACACAGAAACUGAAGGCUGCUGCAAAUGCAGUUCGUCUGGACAAAAGUCUUUCGAGGGAAGAGGAGCCAGUGAGAUUUAGUCCAUACUCAUCGCCUUAUAACCCCAUAGAAAAGCAGUCUGCUAGUUCUGCAUUGGCUGCUCUUUCAAAGAAAGUUAGUGAAAGAAGUUUGUCUUCUGCUCAAGAUCAUAAGCGUCCAGGAAGCACUUUCCUUUCUCUGGCCUCAAUGACCUCAUCAGCUGCUCUACUGAAAGAAGUUGCAGCUAGGGCUGCUGGGAAUAUGUUGGUUGAGCGAAAAAAUCAACUGAUCCCAGGAGAUACCUUGCAGUCUUUGGAAGUGAAACAAGAAAAGCUGAUUCCAUCAGUUCCAGUCGAGAUGUUGUUGCCAACAGCCAAACAGAAAAUGCUAAAGUCUACCAAUAAAGUUUCCGAGGAAGAGGGAGGAAAAUCCUUCCAGUGCCCUAUUUGUGGUUUGGUUAUUAAACGUAAAAGCUACUGGAAACGUCAUAUGGUGAUUCAUACAGGGCUAAAAAGUCACCAAUGUCCACUCUGUCCAUUCCGCUGUGCACGCAAGGAUAAUCUGAAAUCGCACAUGAAGGUUCAUCAGCAUCAGGAUAGAGGUGAAACCUUCCACUGUGAGCUUUGCCCUUUCACCUCAUCUCGUCAUUUCAGUUUAAAACUUCACAUGCGCUGUCAUCAGCACUUUCCCAGAACCGAGGUGAAGGUCAAAGAAGAGAUUACUGAAUCUGAGGUCACAAGGACACUUUCUAAUGAGACUGCUGAUAAGAAGAAAAAGGGAACAGAAUUGCUUGGGAAUACACUGAACAUUCAGGACCAUCUUUUCUAUGAAACAAAAGCAGAAAACUACAAGGUAUCUGCUGUUCCAUUGAAAUCAGUUAAGGAGGAACCCAGUGAUGUGAAUGUCAUCAGUGUGUCAUUAACAGAUAGUCAUGUGUUUGGCAAAAGACCAGAGGCAAUUCAGCAGUGUGCAGCAAAUCCAUCAGAAUCCUCUGACCUUACAGACAAUCAAGAUGCCUUUCCCCUGAGUCAAGACAUUUCUGCAACAGACUUUCUUCUGAAGUUAUCAGCUGCAAACCAAAGGGGGUCUUUAACUCCAAAGUUUAAAGCUAAAGAUGAGCUUAAAGAGAAGUUACCGCCUGAUCCCAUUCUUUCACCGCAGUCUGGUUAUCUAUUUGGCAACAAGUCACCAGUGACACAGGAACCUCCUGAGAAAUCAAAGAAGAUCUCUGAAGUCACUGCUGCUUCAGAAAUGUUCAACCAGGAUAUGUCUUGUAAAGUGGCAUCGGAGCUGCUGUUUAAACUGUCAGCUGAAAAUAAAAAGCAAUCAGGAACACAGAUCGUUACCAUUAAAGAGGAGCCAAUGGAUCUGAAAAUACCUGAACUUCCAGUCUCACCAUUUCCUAAUCGAGUCUUCAAUUGCCAGGCAGUGAAGAGUGAAAGUUCCCAGAAUUCCCCUGAAAUUAUACCCCUCACUGAAAUUAAACUUUUCACUCAAGACAUUUCUGUAAAGAUGGCAUCAGAGCUUCUUUAUCAGCUCUCAGCAAAAGUAAGCAAAGCACAAGAACAAGGAAAAGAUACAUCACAGUUUGGUAGUAACAGCUCUUCUGUUUCUGAAGAUGUAUUUAGACAAUCGCCGUUUACUUCAAAAUUGAGAGAUCCUUUAUCUGACCUCCAUGUGGGACCACCAUCGCAUGAAGCAGGAAAAUUAACUGUCGAGUCAGGGACUAUAACCCCACCGUGGAAGUUUUGUGAGCAGCUUUUUCCCUGUAAAAUAUGUGGGAAGGUUUUUGGCCGGCAGCAGACACUGUCUCGACAUCUUUCUUUGCACACAGAAGAACGAAGAUACAAGUGUCAUUUGUGUCCCUAUGCUGCCAAGUGUCGAGCAAACCUAAACCAGCAUUUGACAAUCCAUUCAGUGAAGUUAGUGAGUGGCGAUUCUGAGGACAUGGCUACUGCUGUAACCUCCAAGAGUGGUAAUCGCAAGAACAGUCCAUAUUACUAUAGCUGCCAUGUUUGUGGAUUUGAGACAGAGGUAAACCUGCAGUUUGUCAGCCACAUGUCAUUACAUGUUGAUAAAGAGCAGUGGAUGUUUUCAUUGUGCUGCGGCACCUGUACCUUUUCUUGCAUGGAUGAAACUGAAAUGAAAACACACGUGGAUGCAGAACAUGCAGGUGAGAAAGUUCCAGUGCUCUCUUGUCUUAGCCCCACCGGUGAAUCCAAGACAGCUCCAACACUUUUCUCAUCAUCAUCUUCGUCCUCAUUAUCUUCAUCUUCAGCACUUUGUGAUUCUGUUACUGAAUCUGAAACCCCAAAUUCUGACUUCACCAAAGAAGAGCAAAUCACUUUCAACUCUCCAAUGGCAUUCAGUGGAUCAUCAUCUACGCCAGCUACUGAGGAGAAACCUGAAAAAGUGUAUGAUUGUAGGUAA